CUGCAGCAAGGCGAGUGGGAGCACCUGGAGCGCGAGCUCGGAAGGAGACUCCACGGGUUGUACGAAAAUGGCAGACAAGCCGGACAUGGGGGAAAUCGCCAGCUUCAAUAAGGCCAAGCUGAAGAAGACCGAGACGCAGGAGAAGAACACCCUGCCGACCAAAGAGACCAUUGAACAGGAAAAGAGGAGUGAAAUUUCCUAAAAGCCCAGACUGGAGGAUUCCCCCACCCCACCCC